UAUUUGUUUGGUUGGAUUUUUAGAUUGAUUUUUGGUAAUUAUUUACAGAUGACUAAGUAUAAACAUACUGAAUUUGAGGAUGAUAGUUGUAGCAGCAGUAUUGGAUCUGUUAUACUCAAUAGCGAAGGUAUUAGUACUUCGGCGACGCAUAUACGGUAUCACUCAGGUAUUAACUUUUGGCGAGCGAGAACAAAACUCGAGAGAUGUUUACUCUGUGUAUGUAUCGGUCUGUCAAUAUUUACCUUCACCCUGCUUUUUAUUGACAUAAAAACGGCAACAAGAAGCAAAAAUGAAUGGGAGGACGCUCAGAUUCUUCACGUGUCGUCAAACAAUAGUUUUCAUUGUCUAACCGAGCAUUGCGUAACAGUCGCGGCAUCAAUAAUAAACAGUAUAAACCCGUCUGUGGACCCGUGUGAUGAUUUCUACGAGUACGCUUGCGGUGGUUGGAUUAAAAAAAAUCCGAUUCCAGAUGGCAAGAGUAUGUGGGGUACUUUUGGCAAAUUAGAACAAGAUAAUCAGCUUGUUGUUAAAAUAGCCUUGGAAAAAGAGCUGAGUGAAAUGAAAUCAAAGGCCGAACAAAAAGCCAAGUUGUAUUAUUUAUCUUGCAUGGACGCCAAUGAAACGAUAGAGACACUUGGCGCCGAACCGAUGAUAGAUCUCCUGAAAGUUGUCGGAGAUUGGAACAUCACAAACACUAACAGAAGUAUUACAGACCGCGGAUUCAAUGUUUCCAACUGGAAUUUGCAAAACAGCAUGCAUGUGCUACAAAAUGUCUACAACAUGGGAGGUUUGUUCUCCUGGGCGGUCAAUGAAGACGACAGAAACAGUACAAGACAUAUUAUACAGAUUGAUCAAGGCGGAUUAACUUUACCGACUACUGAUAAUUAUUUAAAUAAAACCGAACACGCAAAAGUUCUCGCGGCCUACUUGGAUUACAUGACCAAGAUCGGCGUACUGCUGGGAGGGGAAGAGAAAGAGACUAGAAGACAAAUGCAAGCGGUAAUUGACUUUGAAACAAAAUUAGCCGAAAUAACGAUCCCCCAAGAGGACAGACGCGAUGAAGAAAAAUUGUACAAUUUAAUGUCCAUUAAUCAAUUGCAAAAACUUGCGCCUUUUCUCUCGUGGGUUAAUUACUUCAAAAAUGCUACUAAGUUAGUGGGUAAGAGCAAAAAAGUCGACGGCCGGCAUAUAAUUGUUAAUUUUGCGCCAGAGUAUUUUAGAAAGCUUUCAAAGCUUGUUGAAGAGUACAAUAAUACUACAGAGGGAAAAGUGAUACUAAAUAAUUAUUUAAUUUGGCAAACAGUAAGAUCAUUAACAGCAUUCCUCUCUCGACCCUUUCGGGAAGCGUACAAGGGUCUGAGAAAAGCAUUAAUUGGAUCAGAAGGUAGAGAGGAACAAUGGAGGUACUGUGUUACUGACGCUAACAAUGUUAUGGGUUUUGCCAUCGGCGCAAUGUUCGUACGACAAGUGUUCCACGGUAAAAGCAAGCCCAAGGCGGAGGAAAUGAUCUCGAGCAUCCGAGAAGCUUUUGUAAAAAACUUUAAAAACCUAAAUUGGAUGGACGGCGAGACGCGAAAGCUGGCGGAAGAGAAGGCCAACGCAAUAACGGACAUGAUCGGGUUCCCGGUGUUCAUUUUGUCGGCUAGCGAGCUUGACCAGCGGUACCAGGACCUGGCUAUAGAAGAAAACGAGUACUUCCAGAACAAUAUUCGCAUUAAUAAGUACACGCUGAAAAAAAAUCUAGAGAAGCUAGAUCACCCGGUUAACAAAACAACCUGGAUCAUGACACCUCCGACGGUGAACGCGUACUACACCCCGACCAAAAACCAGAUCGUCUUUCCCGCGGGAAUCCUCCAGAGCCCGUUCUACGCGAUGGAUAAUCCCUCCAGUCUCAAUUACGGAGGCAUUGGCGUUGUUAUGGGCCAUGAACUUACCCAUGCAUUCGAUGAUCAAGGCCGUGAGUAUGAUCUCAACGGUAAUUUAAAUAAAUGGUGGAAUAAUGCUACCAUUCAGAGGUUUAAGAAUCAGACUGAGUGUUUUGUUCAACAGUAUGGUAAUUAUCAGAUUGAAAAUCGUCAUAUUAAUGGAAGACAGACUUUAGGGGAGAAUAUUGCUGAUAAUGGUGGACUCAAAGCAGCUUAUCAUGCGUAUUUAAAUUCGCCUUCAAAUUAUCAUGACCAAUUACCGCUGCCUGGUCUGAGUCACUUGAACCAUCAAAAAGACUCGCACUGUCCGCCAAAAUUCCGCGUGAUAGGACCUCUAUCAAACUUCCCAGAGUUUUCCCGAGAAUUCAACUGCCCGGUGAGGUCCCACAUGAACCCGGAUGCCAAAUGCGAAGUCUGGUGA